CAGAAGUGGGACACACUGCCAGUGUGUACGCACUCGCAAGAGCAGAUUGAUCGGGGUCAACACAAGAAUGAAUCCCAGCAAUUAUCUGCAUUAUAGCUAACUGUCAACAGAAGCACCAGUCGAAGUGAACAUGGCUGGAGAGAUACCCGAACAAGACACUUCCUACUCAAAAGAAGACGUCGCAAAAUUUGGGAGCUACUUUCGGAUGUACCAGUUUCCGGUUCCGCUUUCAACAUCAGUGGAUCUGAUCAAUGCUUGCGAGAGAGGAGACGUAGCCCAGGUUCUUGCUCUUCUUGUGCGAGGUGCAGAUAUCAAUGCGCGAUGCCUCAGGUACACGCGAAAGCCUAUCCACGUGGCGGUGGAAAAGGGACAUAAAAAAGUAGUUGAGUUGCUCAUAAAACAGGGGGCGCUCAAGGACGUCUGUAACCUUGAUGGAUCGACGCCAUUGCUGAUCGCGUGCCAGACAGCAGAUGCUGGUAUUGUUGAAAUGCUGGUAGAACAGAACGCACGGGUAAAUGCCAUGAAUAAAUUCAACGAUCGUCCGAUACAUCUUAUCUGCAACAGCGGUAGGCUCCAAGGAUUCGUAGAGAAGUUUAUCAAGCGGGGAGCAGAGGUUAAUGUACCCGAUCGUAGCGACUCGCCGCUUCACAUCAGCGCGAGGCGAGGCUACUCUGGUGCUGCAGAUGUUCUGUUAAAACACGGUGCUAAGGUUGAUGCUGUGAAUACCAGCGGGAAGACUGCACUUCACGAGGCCUGUGGUAGGGGGCAUACGAGCACUGUUCAUGCGCUCAUCGAGAAAGGUGCAUACGUGACCAUGCUCACAGACAACAAGGACAAGGCGACGCCAUUUUAUCUUGCCUGCUCGAGCGGAAAUGCAAAAGUUGCGCGGGCACUCAUUGAAAAGGGAGUGGAUAUAAACCAGUGCGUCAGUUCCGGAGCAUCGCCACUAGAUAAUGCGUACAAAAGUCAAAACAAAGACAUUGUAGAAAUUUUAGUUGAGAAAGAGGCUUCAAUAAAUCAGGCCAAAAUGACGUCAUUACACAUUGUCUGCUUAUUAGGUCAGAUGGAAAACCUUGAGCAUUAUCUUUCGGAUGAGCCUGCGCAGUUUGAACUUCUUGAUGGAGAGGGGAAGACGCCGUUGCACAUUGUGACGUCACAGGGGUACACUGAAAUGGCCAUAAAGAUCGUCGAGGCGGGUGCUGACGUUAAUGCUAAGGAUAACGACGAAAUCUCGUGCCUCCAUUUUGCCUUCCGCGGCCACCAUCUUGAUAUAGUAAAUCUGUUGCUAGACAAUGGGGCGUAUGCUGAUAUCAAGUCAAAGAACGGCACCCCACUUGACUUAGCCUGCGAGGAGGGUGACGUUGAAAUUGUUGAAAAGAUGCUAAGGUUGACCAAGGAGAGGUCGGAAAACGGUUUACCACGGGAGCUCCUGAAGCCUGCUCUUGAGCGCUCGUGUAGCAACGGUCACGUGAAUGUGCUUCGUCUCCUGUUAAAACAUGGUGCUGUCAUCGAAGAUGCGGAUGCAGUUGGUCUGGUCUUCGCCGCAGCCGAAGGUGGCCACACAAACAUGCUGCAUGCACUUUCUUCUCACGGGGUCAAGAUCAAUGUCAAGGACAACAACGGGAACACGCCCUUCCACAAAGCUUGUUGGAGCAGCGACGAAGCAUUCUUGAACAAACUGAAGCAAUUUGAAGUCGACGUGGAUGCGAAGAACACUGAUGGACAGGCGGUCUUGCAUCUGGCGUCCCAGCAUGGACAAGCUCAAAGCGUCACGGCGUUGUUGAAACUCGGAGCUAAGGUAGAUGUACAGGACAAUAAAAUGAAGACUCCUUUGCACAUCGCGUGUGCAAACGGCCGGGAACAAGUUUUCAAAGUUCUGCUGGAGAACAACGCGACACAGAGUCUGUCAGACGAGAGUGGAUGGUCCCCAAUUCAUUUCGCUGCGGAGAGUGGGAGUCUCAUUGUGAUCAGGACUUUGUUACGCUCAGGUAGUAAUGUGAAUGAGCGAAAUGGUGAAGGAGUGACGCCCAUCCAACUUGCCUGUCUCAAAGGGCAUUUCUACGCAGUCUGCUCUCUGAUUGAACAUGGCGCAGACGUGAACCAUGUUGAUGACCUUGGAAGGACGGCGCUGCACGUGAUCUGUGAGAGGCUUUUCGAGAGCCCCUACGUGCGGCGCUACGUAAAGUUCACGGACGUGCCUUGCGAUCGUACAUACGUUGAAAUAAUCGAAAUUCUGAUCGCAGCUGGCUGUAAUGUUAUGAUCAAAGAUGUUAACGACAUCACGGCGCUUGGUAUAAUCAUCCGGAGGCUUCGUGGUCUUCCGGAAGGUGGCGCAUGUUCGCGGGCGUUGUUUGAUGACGAAGUUUCCGUUGGUCUGCUUGGUAUCUUCCUUGACUCGGCUUAUGAUAAUGACGUCAACUCUGUUGCAGUUCUAUCCGAACUCUACGCAAAAAUCGGCCGGCAACUCCUGCAGAAAAUUGUGAUGUCGGGUUGUGGGAGUGUCAAGCGGGCUGAUAAAGUAUUGCUCAAAAGAAUCAUUGUUGAAAAUGACAACCACAUGUUUCGCCUUCUGGUCGAAACCGGCUACAGAAUUGAAGAAGAAACACUGAUGGCCAUUGCGGGCGAAUUAGAAGGCGUAGGCAAGCCUGUUGAUGCAAAUUUCCUCGCCAGCGCUUUUCUGUCGGUUAAAGAACCUAUGACGCUGAAGAAUGCCUGUAGAAUCUACAUCAGACAUUGCCUACGUCAUAAACCGGGUCGUCUGUCGUCCCACGUAGAAUGUUUGCCGAUCCCUGUCUCGCUAAAGGACACUCUUGCCUUCGAUUCAUGUUGAACUGCAGUCACAUUGACUGAGUGCAUUUAAGGCCUGAUACGGUUCAGCAAGAAAACCGUACGCUAUUUUGCAUUUGUUUCGCAGCUUUACGACCGCGGAUCUAAACGAUUCCAGUAGAUUCGGGCCUUUAGUCCGUCUGAAGGUACGUGCCUGCUGCAUGUUGUUAACAGUUCACGCAGCUAUCGGCAACACUGUCUCGUUUUCUCUUGUCCCGGGUGGGGCGCACGCAUACUCAUAACUCCAGUCAUCAACCAUGAUCACCUAUGAUUAAAUGCUGGAUUUUCAUUUACACAAAUGUACUUUGACUGGAGUAUCGAAUCGGCCUCAUGGCCCAUUUGAAAAAUUGUAUGACGAUUUCACAAUGCCAAUCUUUCAGCAGUGGGAUCGGACCAAUUCCUUAGACAAAGUGUCGUAUGAUAUAAAACUAUAUCAAUGCAUGGCAAACAUCUCCUGUAAAGAGACUUCUGAUUAAAG